UGUUUACUGAAUACUAAUAAAAAAAAAAAAGCUCACGAGCGCUUUAAAACAAAAACACUUUAACGUUCUCAGAGUUAUUUAUAAAGUGUUAUCAUGGAUGAAGAUGGAUUACCGAUCGUGGGUUCAGGUAUAGAUCUUACGAAGGUGCCUGCGAUUCAGCAAAGAAGAAUCGUCACUUUUCUCAACCAGUUCAUCGUUCACACGGUCCGCUUCCUCAACCGCUUUUCCACCGUGUGUGAAGAGAAGCUUUCAGCGAUUUCGUUACGGAUCCAGCAAAUUGAAACAACUCUCAGCAUCUUGGAAACAAAGCUGUCCUCGAUCCCUGGCCUUGAGGAUGUCACUGUGGACAGAGUGGAUCGGAGGCCUUCUGCAGAGACCAACGGCCCAGCAGUGGUAUCUAGUGCUCCAGCAGGCUCGACUGCACCUUCUCCUCCUUCUGAGGUUCCUGGACAAGGGCAAGAAGGCUCUCGGGGGCCUAAGGGAGAAUCGGCGGCAGACAACAUGAUGACCGUAGCCAAGGACCCUCGAUACGCCAGAUACCUGAAAAUGGUGCAAGUGGGUGUUCCAGUCAUGGCGAUAAAAAACAAAAUGAUUCUUGAGGGUUUAGACCCCAAUCUCUUAGAUUCACCAGAUGCCCCGGUACCAGACUUUAGCAAGAAAGGGACUGAAGAACGAGAAAACGACAGCUCAGACAGCGAAUCAUCUUUCAGUGACUGAUUAGCCCCGCGCUCUGACCUACUGAAGCUGUCUGCUGAGAGCUUGACUCUGUACAGGGUAAAUGUAUGCAGUGUACUCGCCCAUGCUGCUGACACUCACACGGACUACGCUCGUGCCGUACGAGCGGCUUAGAUGUGCCUUAGACACGGCUGUCUACAUCCCUCUCUACGUAGUGGUAACGAUUUAGAAAUAGUCAAGAAAAGGAUCAUCAUGAGAAAGUCGUGAUUCUUCUUAUUAAUGUGGACUUUUUUGUUGAAUUGUCAAUGAUUUUCACCAGACAUACAGCGAUAUCACCAAA